UCGAUCAAUCGCACUGUACAUCUCGCUGCGGCUAGCGCACUCAUCACUAGCCGAAAAAACCUCAAAGGAAGGGGAUGCUUGCGGUCUCGACUCCAACCAAACACUAACCAUCACAGAGCCUGACUAUGGAUCUGUCUCAGAAGAUUCUCGACAAGGUGCUGGAGGCUCUGUGCUGCAGACAGGACCUGUGCGACUGCUGGGGCAAGAAGCCGGAGGAGCAGAAGCAGGAGCUGGAGAAGAGGAACAUCAAGCACCCUUUCCGUGAAUCCCUGUCUCGAAUAGACUCGUCCUCCAGCGCCACGGACGGCGUGAAGGGCUCUCGCGAGCGCCACGACUCCGAGCACUCGAGGACGGACUCCGUGUCCUCGCAGAGCAACGUCAGUGGCGACUCCAAGUACUACAAGACGACCCCCGUCAUCGACAUGAAGCCCAUCGAGUUCUGGACUGCCAACCGCGAGAAGGUGCAGCCGAAGCGCCACCUGCCGACGGAGAGCGAGAUCAGCAUCGACAACCUGCAGAAGGACCUGUACGAGGUGGUCGAGGAGGAGGACCUGUGUCUGACGGACGAACAGAAGCUGGCGCAGUACCAGCUCGGACAGCUGCACUUUGGACUCCAGUACGAGCUGUCCUCCAAGACGCUCGUCAUCAAGCUGAUCGAGGCGAAGGACCUGCCGCCGCCAUACUGCCUGGACGAGAACAAGCAGGACAUGGCCCACUCCAACCCGUACUGCCGCAUCUCCCUGCUGCCCGACAAGAAGAACUCGCAGCAGACGACCGUGCAGAGGAAGACCCAGGAACCGGUGUGGAACGAUCACUUCACGUUCGAGAUCCCCUACAGUGAGGCCGAAAGGCGGACUCUGGAGAUUCUCGUCAAGGACUUCGACAAGUACUCCCGCCAUUGUGUCAUUGGCCAGGUGCUGCUGCCGCUGGGGAACGUGAACCUAGUGAAAGGAGGACAUAUGUGGAAGCCACUCUCUCCAGGAAGUGCUGAGCAGCAAGACCUGGGAGAGAUCCUGCUGUCUCUCAACUACCUCCCGAGCGCCGGACGACUCAACGUGGACGUCAUGAAGGCCAAGGGGCUGCUCCAGACUGACCUUGUCGGCGGGUCCGACCCGUUUGUGAAGAUCUCGCUGGUGAUCUUUGAGAAGCCCACCAAGACGAAGAAGACGUCGUGUAAGAAGAACACCAUCGACCCGGUCUUCAACGAGUCGGUCAGCUUCAACGUGACGUCACAGCAGCUCGACACCACCAGUGUCGUCAUUUCCGUCUGGGACCACAACUCCAAGAGGAAGGACGAGUUCGUGGGCCGCAUCGUCCUCGGCAAGUACGGCACGGGGCCGCACGAGGUCACCCACUGGAACCGGAUGCUGCAGUCCCAGCGGUCACCGGUCGCCCAGUGGCAUUCUCUGAGGGCUCGCCAAGACUGCGACCAGGUGUCGCCGGCGUCCAUAGCCGUGCCGUAACGUCACCCGAUGUCGUGAAAACAAUUAGUAUUACGUCACGAGACUGAUCAGGUGAUGUCUGGAAAGACACAUGUGAGACUGUUCGGGUUGAGCGUGGCCUCGUUGUGAAGUCGAGGCCAGCGUCCCUAGACUUUGAUCACACACUAGAACACUAGGGUAGAGUAAACCAAUAUCAAUAUGGCUGCUCUCAUGUCGAAGUUUACUGUUUAUGUUAUUCAUAUAUGAUCAUGUUACUUCAAGAGUAACAAACAUCUUUAUACUUUAGAUAUGUCCUGAACAAAAUACACAUGUAUUAUUGGAAUUAAAAUGGCAUCCAAACUCAUAUCUUAUGGUAGAUGUUUUUAACACAGUAGUAAUUAAAUUAUCUUGAUAACUCGCGCUAAUUAAGGAAUUAUUGUAGAACCAGUAGGUGGUAUAAACGAGUAGUACGCGCUACAAUGCAUUUACCUAUGUAUUAAUACAGCUUUAUGCUAGAAAAACAGAACUAAAUGGAAUAUUAUACAACACAAUCACAACAAUCAAACGGUUGGGGGGUCCAAUCAAAUAAUUAUUUGCAUUAAAUAACAAAUACGAUGUAAUGAAAUAAUUCGCAACAGGCAGUAUCAUGGAUAUUAAUAACAGCCUGCCGUUCUGCUAGGUUAAUCAUUUCGUCAAUAUUAACAUUUACCACCCUAAAGGUAGUCGACAACUGUUGUUGAAUCCUUUAACAGUAGAUUUGCAAGAUUGCUUUAAAAUACAACUGUCAUUAUUGAUGAAUGCAUAACUUUGUGGUUCAAAGGGUAGGAUUCUACCAAGUAAUGGUGUACUAUGCCAAGUGCUAUGGGAUCAAAUCCCAGUAUAGAUAUUACCACGUCAUUUUAAAAAUGAAUUUGUAUUCACAUAAUGCAAAUUCAGUUAGGAAUGGAUUCAAUCACUUGGUAAUCGAAUGCCAUUUAAUGCACUAAUUAAAAAUAUGAUUUAAAAAAUCAACACAGCUCAAUUAUCAUAUCCUGAAAUUCACUGAAAAGUGCAAUUUGCAUUUACAACCAAUAAUCACUUUGCAUAAUGUUACCCGUGUUGGCAGAUAACCAUCCGACUUGUUUUCUCAUAUGCAUUCAAGGGUAAAUAUAGACAACCGGGAAAAUAGUUUAACUAUUAUUCUUAUUUAAUAUCGGACAAACCUGAUGACGAAUGUUUAUUAACGUCCUGCAAAAUGGUGCCAUUCCCUUUUAAACUAAACCCGUACACCAAUGAGUUCAUCUGGUUUGGGACCGGUCAACAUCCAUUUGUGUUGAUUAUAUAAUAGUGAAGAGAACAGUGUGUUUCGAAUUGUGUGGUACUAGUAAUCAAUACAACAUGCUGCAGAACAGCAGCUGUUGCAGUAGCUGGUGUUUGUAUGCAUGCUAUUGUGGCAGUGGUAAAUAGGUUUCAGUUAUCUAUAGGCUGAUCUUUGACGAUCGUAUAUUUUCACGCAUACUGGGUGAUAACUCGUUUCAUCGCUAACAACACCACUGAUCCAUAAUUGCAAACGGUACUGUUGCACUGGAUUUGGGACUAAUACAAUUAUUGUUUCAGUUUUAAAUAAUAUAGCAUUAAGUAUUUGUUACCGACUAUCAACGGAAGUGCAAAAGAGAAAGAAAAGAAUCUUGCCAUUUUAAUGCGAUAUAUAUAUAUAUAUAUAUAUAUAUAUAUAUAUACAUAUACAUAUACAUAUACAUACAUACAUAUAUAUAUAUAUAUAUAUAUAUAUAUAUAUAUAUAUAUAUAUAUAUAUAUACUUAAAAUAAAUAGCUUUUCAGCAACCAUUAUCAGAUAACGUCAUUUAUAUAAUUAUGACGUAGAUAUUGUUAAACAAGCAUUUCACACUUAGCGUUAUCGAGAAAGGGGAUCAAAACAUGGUAUUGUUCAAUUUCAGUGUUCAGGACAUCCAUUUAAUUUUCAAGGAACUCGGAAAAUAUCAAAAACUAAAAUCGGCAUGUAUGUAUGCAGUAUGCAAGUAGGUUUCUGUAAAACUCGGCCCAAUACUACCAAACCUUCCGUUAGGCAGUCAUAUAUCUCAAUAUAGUAUUACACCUUAUGCUUACCUUGUUUUUAAACAAAUAGCACAGUGACAGAGCCAUAUUUUGGAAGGGAUAUUGAACAUUGAAACGAGUUUCAGGAGCACUUUAUAAAGUGAAUGUGUGUGAGGAUGCUAGUUGCCAGUGGAAUAAACGCUAUAUUAUUUAUUUACUUGUGCUGAAAUGGGAUAUUGUUCGUGGUAAAUGUAAUCGAGUAAAAACAAGUUGUAACAUGAAUGUGCAGUUCAUUUAUUUAAUAUUAUUUUUCAUCUUCCCGAACCAGUGUAAUAUUUUCUACAAUGUAGAGGUCCCAUAACAUAUACAAAAGACUGGUACCCAUGAAUUUCUCAAAUUAUUUUCUGACAUGGAAAUCUAUAUUUGUUUAAAAUUGAAUUGUUUUGAUACGUACUUUUCUUACUUUUUAUACAAACAGUUGUCAACUAUUUUAUUGUGAACAAUACUUGGUGUAUUUUAAAGAAAAUCAGUUUCAAUUCAAAGCUAGUAAUGAAUAUCUUUAAACGUCACUAAUGCUUUACUUCGUCGUCGUGUUGCCAUGCUAUGUUGCCUUCUGUUUGUCAUACGCUGUUUGUUUGUGUUUUAAACGUACGACUUUUAGAAUGUUUGAUAUGUUUUACUUCUCUCGUGUUUCUUUGUUUCAUUUCAAGCAAGAAUAUUUCAUUUAACUUUUUGUUUUUAGAACAGACUGUUAAAUUUCGAUUGUUAAAAUAACUCACAGUAAGCAUACCGGAACUGUUUAAAAGUAAAGAGCAAUCGACGACAAUAAAACAUAAUGUUUUAUUUAUUUAUUACAUUUAUUAAUUUAAAUUUUAAUUAUUAAACUAACUUUAAUUUAUUAAAUUUAAUUAUUUAUUAAAUUUACUAUAUGUUUUUACUAAUUAAUUAAUUAAUUAAUUAAAUGAUUUAUUUUAAAAUACCGGCAGAUAUAUAUUGUAAGGGAUGUACUAAUAUAGGGUCCACAUCUUAAGAAUAUGAUCACCAUUAGAAAGACUCCCUAAAAAUAUAAAUAAUCAUACAUAAAAAUAUACAUGUAUACAGAUAUUUGUCAUUAGUGUACAGAGUGCAUUUAAUCGUUACUGUUGUCAUAAACGGGUUAACAUAACCUGCAUUGUUCUGUCUGCAUUAUUCUGCUAUGAAAGAAAUAUAUGUUUGUUUUAAUUGCAAUUGACGUUUAAAUAGUAUUUAUAUAUGCGUGUUGUAAAUGUCAUAUAACAAUGUAAUUGCAUUAAUAAACCCAUGAUAAUACACGAGAACAAUGCGUAUAUUUGUGAGAGAGUAUUUGACACUACUGUGUGAUGGAAAAUUAGUAUGUAAAUAAAUAAACCCGGGGAAUCUAUUUAUUACAGUUAUUGUGUACAUGAAACAUAUUAUAUAGUUUUGCAUCAUGUCUACAUACCCAGUGAUGUUGUACACCAUCAGCGUUGUUACAUUUGCAGUUGUUUGUUUUUCUCCAGUUAAAUGUUAUCGUUGUGAUAUAUUAUCGUUGUCCUGGAGUAUGAACGUGUUAAUGUGUUCCCAUGUUGUUUCUGCUCUAUCGUUGUUAAGUAUAUUUUGUAUAUCUCUACAUGACAGAUAAUUAACGUACACACCUUGUCCCCAUUCUGUUGUUACUCAAUGUUGAAAUAAAAGUUAUUUGUAUAA